UUUGGUAAGUGGGCUGGACUUGAGUCAGGAGGAGGGUCUCUGCUUCAGUGAGGCUGCAGCUUUUCUGAGGGGCGAAAAUGGCGCCCAGCUCGAAAUCAGGAAAACAUGAUAACAAACAAAAACAGAGAACACAAGACACUCACGUCGUUAAACUGCUCAACCGUGGAAAGCUGACAGGUCAGCUGUCCCAGCGAUGGUUCCUGAAGCGUCGUCCUCGUAUACGUGUUCCCUUGAAGACUAUAGUUAGUGAGGCAACCCUACGAGCAGGGCACAUCUUUUUGGGCUUUACCAAAUGUGGACGCUAUGUGUUGUCCUAUACCCGUGACUAUGGGGAUGCAGACGACACAUACACAUAUCAUCUGUAUUGGUGGGAGUUCAACCUGCAUAAGAGUCUUAAGCAGGUGCAUCGUAUCCGCCUAUUUGCAGAGGAGACCAUCUACAGUGACUUGUACCUUGCAGUCUGUGAAUGGCACAACGCCCAAUCAAAGAUAGUCAUCUUUGGCUUCAAUAUGUGCAGCUCCAGCUCCGCCCUGUUGAACAUGGUGAUGAGCGAUGAGAACAACAGAGACAUCUACAUCACCAUCAUCUCCAUGCCCUCCACUCGGCCCUGCAUACAGUGCAAGCCCUCCUCAUCUGCAGGUGCCAGCCACACAGGAGACGUGAGUCUGGAGCAGGGCUUCGUGCUGAACGCUCGCUACCAGGUGGUUCAUCCGUUCCCCACCUUCCAGCCUGCCCUGCAGCUCAAGAAGGAGCAGGUGAUUCUACUCAACACCAGCUACUUCCUGGUGGCGUGUGCCAUCUCUCUGUGCCAAGGAGAGGAAAAAGGUGAAACGGAGCAGAUUUUGUACAGGAACAGACCUAACGCAUCAGUGGUUGAAUCUCGUGUGACCGCGCCACCGUCCUCCCUUAUUUCUCCGGAGGGAUCCCCCGAGUGUGUUCAGGGGCCCACCCCUCUCUCACCCAGCCAAUCACAGGCGGCCAUCAGGGCGCGAGAGUUUGCAGCAGACAUUUUCCGAAGGGCCCAGGCCAGCAGCACAGACAGACCAAGGCCACAGAGGACAGAGAGCGAAGAGAAAGAGAAGAGCAGAGAGGACGCAAAGGAGGAGAGGACCGCCGGUCCAACUCAAAGGCGGAGGAACGAUGGAGAAAGGGAACAACAGACUGAAGAGGCGGAGGAUGAAAGGCAGGGCGAUGCGCUGGACCAGAGGGAGGAGGCUGUAGACCCCCCCUCACCACAGACCCCCCUGCCCCCGUCCGAGCCAGGCUACGUCAACUACACCCGCCUCAAGUACUGGCUGCAACAGCAGGGCACGGUACACCAAGAUGGAGAAGGGGAGGCAGAAGAUCAGGAUGAUAAAGUCCAGCUUCCCUUCACUGUGUCGGACUUGAAUGGCAAUACUUUGGAGCUGGUGACUGGGCCGUGUACCGGACAGUGUGUGUGCGUGGAGCAGCUGACGCUGGACUUUGAGUAUGUGAUUAGCGAGGUCGUCCGGAACGAUGCCGAGUGGUCCUCCAGGUUCUGCUCCUUCAGCGACUAUGAUGUGGUCAUCCUGGAGAUGUGCCCAGAAACAAACAUCGUGGUGAUCAACAUCGGACUGAUGCUGCUCGCCUUUCCGCCGUCAGAGGAUAAACUCUCAAGGUCGAGGCCUGAAUCCUUCCACACCAGCCUGCGGGUGAGCUGGGACCUCAACACCGGCGUGUGCUGCACCGUGGGCGUGGGGGACCUCAAGGAGAUGAAGGGCCAGACCAGUGGCAGCGUGUGGAGCGGCUACAGGAAGUCGUGCGUGGACACCGUGAUGAGGUGGCUGGUUCCGGAGAGCAGCUUACGCUACAUCAACCGCAUGACCAACGAGGCGCUCCAUAAAGGUAUGCCUUUACAGGUGCUGGCCGACAGUGAUGGAGGCACAUGGAUCACCCGCUGAGACGAAGCCAGGAAGUGACAUGCAUGGAACACUACACAACACUGUCCAUUUCCCACGGUGUGUGUGUGUGUGUGUGUGUGUGUGUGUGUGUGUGGAUACCCAAAGACAAAACAUCAGAAACACACACACUUUCAUGCUACACACAUGAAUAUGCAGAUCACGGAAACCUGACAGGCAUCCUCUGUUGUUUUUGCCUUUUUUUGCAUUCGAACAUAAACAUUUUCAGUCUUUAAGUUUACAGAAAGGACUUGAUGCAUGUGCUCAUGUCUUCAGAACAAGUGUCAUUCCCCUUGACUUUAUUUGUUUUCAUUAUCUUUUUUCUUUUUCUUGUUUGUACAAAUGUGUAAGCGUGUCUGUUAUAUGGCACCCAAUUUCAGUACUCUGAUCCUCGUUAGCCCAGGGCUCUUCCAUCUGCACUCAGUGUGAUGUGUGUAGGUCAGUGUCACACUGUCACAGCAGUAACAAAACAAACAUGGAACUGAUCUCAAAUCAGAUACUUGCUGCUGAAUCUCAGGGCUUCAUCCAGAGGCUCCAUAGCUGUUCCAGUCAGAAAUGGGACAGGGUUGUGUAGUUGACUCGUGUAUCUCACUUGUGGGUUUGCUGUGUGUGUCGACAGAGCAGCUCAUCAUUUUUGUAGAUUUCCUCUUCAUAUGUAGAGUGAGGAUGCCACACUACAAUACUGGAAAGGACAUUUUAUUGUUGAUGUAUAAUGUACUUUUUUUAUUUUAUAUCAAUAGCUAAUUAAAAUGAGGCAAAAAUA